CAUUUUUAUUUUCAUGAAUUUUGACGAUAUAGCCAAUUUUGCCUUUGUGAUUCUGUAACGUGAACUAAUGGAAGCAGGCACUCAGAGGGCAACAGCGGUGCGCAGAGAAGGUUGACUGAGUGAGGUGUAUGAUUCACACUGGGCUAACAGUAGUUAGCAGGAGCUCACUGAAAAGUUUGAUCCAAAAUGUACUUUAACCAGCCAGCUACCAGACAGGGAGACUGUACUGCAAGCAUACAAGACAAACUAUUUGACAGUAUUGACAGAUGAAUUGGGAUUUUUUUUUUUACAAGUUCAGAGCUAGCUAACGUAAGCUAGCUAGCGUUAGCUAGCUGCUAGCAAACAACACCUCACAGCCAGCGAAUCGAAUCAAGUGCUAAUGGACACGUUUUGGUAACUUCACCGGUACACAUUCUUUGGAAAAGCAAGCAACACCAUUGAGAAAGGGGAGACCAUGUCAACAACAUCAUGACAGACAGGGAAGAGGCACUUUAGCACCCUGACCACAAGGUAAGGAGCCAUGGAUGUGUUACAGCAGCUACCUUCCCCUGAGCACCUUGAACAGGUGAAUGGGGAGACUAGGACAGGCCCGCAGCCCCUAUGUGGCCCAAACUCUCCACAUCCCCUGCUCAUGGCAGCUGAUGAUAUAUGGACUGCAAGGGAGGUGGAGGCAGUGGCCCCUGACUUUGGAGGGUUGACGGACCUGCAGGAGCUGGGGGUUGAGGAGGGUGAAGGCAGUGGGGCGGAGAGGCUGAGGUCCCCCAUCUCGAGGGUAUCAUGGAAUGGGACUGGCAGCCAACAGAAUGGAGAGAAUGGAGGAGGGGAAGAGGAGGGACUGGAGAAGGACAAUACUAGCUACAGCAGACAAGACAGUCCUGCUGCUGAUAACAACUAUACAGACCUGUCUCACACGUCGUCUCCCUCGCUGUCGGAGCAGCUGCGUCUGGGACGGGAUGAGGCCACAGGGCCUGGUAUCAACGUGGGGUGUAGGAUCUGUGCUGACAAAGCUUCAGGGUUCCACUACGGUGUGCAUGCCUGCGAGGGCUGCAAGGGCUUCUUCCGGCGGACCAUUCGGAUGAAGCUGGAGUACGAGCGCUGUGAGAGAGCCUGUAAGAUCCUGAAAAAGAACCGUAAUAAGUGCCAGUACUGCCGCUUCCAGAAGUGCCUGGCCCUGGGCAUGUCCCAUGACGCGAUCCGGUAUGGGCGUAUGCCGGGGGCUGAGAAGAAGAAGCUAGUGGCUGGCCUGCUAGCAGAGGAGCUGGACCCCCACCACCUUGGUGGCUCAGACCUCAAGACCCUGGCUAAACAGGUGUACCAAGCCUACCUGAAGAACCUCAUUAUGACCAAGAAGAAAGCCCGCAGCAUCCUCACCGGCAAGACCAGCUGCACAUCGCCGUUUGUGAUCCAUGAUGUGGACACCCUGUGGCAAGCAGAGAGUGGUCUAGUGUGGAACCAGUUAAUCCCGGGCGCGCCCCUCACAAAGGAGAUAGGGGUACACGUGUUUUACCGCUGUCAGUGCACCACGGUGGAGACGGUACGAGAGCUAACUGAGUUCGCCAAGAACAUCCCAGGGUUUGUGGAUCUCUUCCUCAACGACCAGGUGACACUACUGAAGUAUGGUGUCCACGAGGCCAUCUUCGCCAUGCUGCCCUCCCUCAUGAACAAAGAUGGCCUCCUGGUGGCCAACGGGAAGGGCUUUGUGACCCGGGAGUUCCUGAGGAGCCUCCGUAAACCCUUCAGUGAGAUCAUGGAGCCCAAGUUUGAGUUUGCUGUGAAGUUCAAUGCUCUGGAGCUGGAUGACAGUGACCUGGCUCUGUUUGUGGCCAUUAUCAUCCUGUGUGGAGACCGCCCAGGGCUAAUGAACGUGAAGCAGGUCGAACAGAGUCAGGACGGUAUUCUCCAGGCCUUGGACCAGCACCUGCAGGCCAACCACCAGGACUCCCUCUACCUCUUCCCCAAGCUGCUGAACAAGAUGGCCGACCUCAGACAGCUUGUCACAGAGAACGCCUUGCUGGUGCAGAAGAUCAAGAAGACAGAGUCGGAGACCUCUCUGCACCCUCUACUACAGGAGAUCUAUAAGGACAUGUACUGACUGGACUAAGCCAGACUGAACAUGUACUGACUGGACUAAACCAGACUGAACAUGUACUGACUGGACUAAACCAGACUGAACAUGUACUGACUGGACUAAACCAGACUGAACAUGUACUGACUGGACUAAACCAGACUGAACAUGUACUGACUGGGCUAAACCAGACUGAACUGAACUGGACUGGACUGGGACUUCUGCUAGUGCAGGAUUUCUACAAGGACAUGUACUCGUCUCCUCAAAAGUAGUGCACAACAUAGGGAAUAGGUUGUCAUUUCGGACACACCCCUAGUCUGAGACCUCAUUGCUCCCGCUACUGCAGGAGCUCAACAAGAACAUGACUGGACACAGUGGCCUAAACCGGACCAACUCGGACUAGACUUUGUUGCAUCUGCUCCUACAGGAAUUGGACUAAACCAGAUUUAACAGGAUCGGACCGUACCUUGCUGCACUCUCUACUGUAGGAGAUCUAUAAAGACAUUCAUGUACUAGUCCUCCUCAUAAGCAAAGCCACACUGUUCAAUUCAAUACUUUAUUGUCCCCUUAGAGCAAACCCUGACUUAGCAAAUAGUGUCCCCUUAGAGCAAAUACUGACUGUAGUUGACAGCAAUAUGUUUACAUAAUGAUGUUAUGUAUAUAUUAAUGUACAAUACCAAUCAAAUGUUUGGACACACCUACUCAUUCCAGGGUUUUUCUUUAUUUUUACUAUUUUCUAUAUUGUCACCUGGAAUACAUUGCAAUUAACAGGCGUGCCUUGUUAAAAGUUCAUUUGUGGAAUUUCUUUCCACAGUCCCCCGACCUCAACCAAAUUGAGAUGGUUUGGGAUGAGAUGGAUCGCAGAGUGUAGGAAAAGCAGCCAACAAGUGCACAGCAUAUGUAGAAACUCCUUCAAGACUGUUGGAAAAGCAUUCCUCAUGAAGCUGGUUGAGAUAAUGCCAAGAGUGCAAAGCUGUCAUCAUAGCAAACAGUGGCUACUUUGAAGAAUAUAAAAUAUUAUUUGAUUUAUCGUUUCAUACACUACACUUUUUUUGGUUACUACAUGAUUCCAUGUGUUAUUUCAUAGUUUUGAUAUCUUCACUAUUAUUCUACAAUGUAGAAAAUAGUACAAAUAAAGAAAAACCCAUGAAUGAGUAGGUGCUGCUGUAGGGAUUUCGCUAAUGGAGGUAACACUAACACUAAUGGAGGUACGAGACCAAUUAUGUAGACCUCUUCUUCCAGAGUAAUGUUGUGAAUGGGUACUACUACCCUAAUUGAGUCUGUUGCCAAAACCUGGCAAACCUUUUUUUAACAGGUUUCACUUCACAUUAUGAGUAAAAUUUUGUCAUCUCAUGAAUGCAUUUGGAGGUUUGCUGUUAAGGAAAUUGUUUAUUCAGGUUACAAAGUAUUUAUAAGUUCUAAAGAGACUAUAUAGAAGUUGCUUAACAACAUGGUGCAGGUCAAAAGGAAAACAGGAUGGUGCAGGUCAAAAGGAAAACAGGAAACGGAUGUUAAUCAAUAUGGAUAGUGUUAGAGUUUGAAAAACUAGUUAUUAACAUAAACUUGAGCCUGUACCUUUCCUUGGUUAUACUGUAUUCAACUUAAUAUUUGUUAACAUUUUCAUACUUCUCUCAGAAUCGUUUCAUACACUACUGGUACUGUUAGCAGUAGAGCAAUUGUUUUAGGGAAUUUAAUUGUAGUUAGGGAAUAAAAAAAAAGUUUAUGAAUAAUGUUCACCAGAAUAAUGGUGGUAAUUUUGUUAGAUUGUACAGAUGUGUGCUCUUUGGUUUAACCAAGGUAUCUAAGUGGUGAGUUGUAAUGUUAUAAUAUACCUGGGUACACAAAUUAUAAAUGUAUAGAUAAUUAUGACAACUAAUGACACAAAGUCUUACAUACGUUUUUAAGGCUGUCAUCUUUCAGUGAUCAUCGGUUAUGGACAGGUACCACUGUGAAAUGUGACUACCCCCAACAUGUUUUCUAAAAUACUGAAGUAAUAUUGUCUAGAUGAGUUUGGCCUUUUACUUUGAGAGGUGUGAUUCUGUAUCUAAUCUAGAUGAAUGGAGAACCAGCAAAAGACCAGUCCUUAAACCUUAGUGUAUUACUUAAGUUACUGGUACAUGUAAUGUAGUGGUGCCUGCCUAUCUUACCACGACUCAGGACAGACAACGUGGCUGCUUUGUGGAUUAAAGAUAUGUCUGGCAUAAUACAUUUGAAUGAUGACCAAAAUCACACCUUUGAACUCUUCAUCCACUCAGGACUAUAAUGUACAACACUGAACAAAUUACUUUUUCAAGGAUUUUCAAGGAUUUUAUGUAUUCUAUCUACAAUUUCAUUAUUGUUUCUAGGUCUGCACUCUCUGGGGUUGGGACUUUAAUAAAUGCAAAAUAGCAAAUAAAAAGUGUUUUA